GGAAGCGCAAGGGCUUAUGGUACUUUUAGUUCUCAGUGGACGUCGGUUGGCCUGAUAACACCGCGAAGAACAAAACCAAACAUUUACCUCCGAAAAUAAAACACCAGCCUGAAAGUUAGUAUCGGUGCAUGGUUCGUCUGCUCAGAAGCCAGAUAAGUUGGAGUGGAUUCAGUCGUCGUACGGAGCGCAUCGGCUCAGUUUUUGGUAGAAAAUAAACAGGAAGUUGUUAGCGUUGUGGGACGUGUAGUUCCGCUUGCAGGCCGCGGAGCUUGAUAACAACGCACAGAAUAAAGAAACAACAAUAAAAUAACCCAGGCUUCACUCCGAGACUGCGUCUUAACCCUUCGGCGCUGAGGCAAACAUGCCCGGGUUUACCUGCUGUGUGCCUGGCUGCUAUAACAACUCGCACCGGGACCGCGACCUGCGCUUCUACACGUUUCCUAAGGACACCGCGCUGAGGGAGCUGUGGCUGAGGAACAUCUCCCGGGCCGGGGUCAGCGGCUGCUUCAGCACCUUCCAGCCGACCACAGGGCACCGAGUCUGCAGCGUGCAUUUCGCCGGCGGGAGGAAAACCUACAGCAUCCGAGUACCGUCCCUUUUCCCUCUGCGUGGGGUCAACGAGCGCAGGAGUCGGCGGGGCAGAGGCAGGAAAGUGUCCGCGGGGGUUCCUGCCCCCGCCGCCGCAGCGACCUCCGGGAUUGUCCUCACCAGCGUCCUGGGCAGCACGGCGGAAGGAGCCGAGGGCAAUGCUGGCGGUGAGGCGAGCGACGACAGCAUCACCGUGGUUCAGAUAGGCCAAAACGGGGAGUACCUGGGCACGGCGCGGCUGCCCGCCCAGUCAGAGGGGACUUGUUACACGGCACCUGUCGGCAGUGCGGACGAGCUCACCGCCGACGACUCGUCGGUCGAAGCCGCGUCCGCCUUGCACCAGCUACCCGUACAGUACGUCAGUGUGACCAGCAGCCCGCUGGACCACUCGUACUCGCUGACCACUGGUACCACGUCGGCCGAGCUGCUGCGAAAACUGAACGAGCAGCGGGACAUCAUCGCCCUGAUGGAGGUGAAGAUGAAGGAGAUGAAGGCGACCAUCCGCCAGCUGCGGGUCGCCGAGGCCAAACUGCAGGAGGAGGUGCGGGAGCGGGACAGGCUGCUGUACGGAAACUCGGUGGCUUUCAGCGUCCGGAAGAAAAUCUGAUGGGUGAACAUCACCGGAGACGACCCGUUACAGAGACUCAGACAAACGGAGAUGACACCGAAGGGUUUGAAGACAGCAGAUCCAGCCCUAUUUUGUAUAAACCUACGAGCGAUGACAAUUUAUUUUCGAAAAGUAGAGUUGAUUUUUCGUAGGCCUGAUGUAAACAAGUUGGCUGCCUAGUUUAUGUAGCUGAUAGUAAUAACCUCAUUGCUAAUCACAUACAAACGUGCACAGUCCACUAUUGGCCUGCAGCUCAACAAAGGUCAAUAAUACAUAUUUCAAUUUUUCAACCGGGACUCGUGGUCUGCACAGACUUGCAGGUUAGGCGGGCUUACAUAUUUAUAAGCGGACUGAUGCUAAAAGCUGCUUAGUUGCAUAUAAAGUUUUUCUCCUUCAGAUUUCUCUGACGUUUGAAGUUUUUAUUUCCUUACUUUUGAACUGAAACUAGGAGGUGUAAAGUACACCAGGCUGAAGUAUCCAUUGGAUUUUGUGUAACCAAAACACUAUUCCUGGCACACUGCUGGUGUUAGUCAGUGACAUAAAACUCUACCAUGACUUCAUCCGAGUUGCCUUCAAAGGUAAAGUUGUUGCUAAAAACAUUUGCGUGACAGAAAAAAGACUUUAGAGAAUUCCUUAAAACUUGAAAGGGCACUCAAAAGAUGAAAUCUUAUUAAAGUAUGUUUCUUGAAGACAUGCAUUAAAUUUUUUACUGUUUUAUUUUUCCUUAGGAAAUCUUAGGAGAAGUACAUAGGAAAUCCAUUGUCAUGAUACUUUAUGCAACUUGAAUAUGUAUGUUAGUCUCCAAGGUGGUUCUGUGAGACAGUGAAUUUAUGUGCCUGUUUAUGAUCAUAUUGUUUUUCUCAGACUGAAGUUUAGUGGCUGCAUCUCUCUGACCUGUUCAUGACUGUUUUAUGCACAGGAUGAUACACACAUUUCAGAUUUUUGAACUUGGUCUGACAGCUCUCCUCUGCUCUCAUCUUGAAGUAAAUUUCAUUUUGAAAUAG